AUGGCAAUUAAGUACAUGUAUGAUGGGGCAAAGACUUGGGUUAGGACAGUUGGAGGCGACUCUGACGAUUUUUCGGUUGUUAUGGGGUUACACCAAGGUUCUGCGCUCAAUCCUUUCCUAUUCGCCCUGGUGAUGGAUGCGCUAACAUAUCACAUUCAAGAGGAUGUGCCAUGGUGCAUGCUAUUCACCGAUGACAUAGUUCUUAUUGAUGAGUCACGAACCGAUGUUAACGAGAGGCUGGAGGUUUGGAUACAAGCUCUUGAAUCUAAGGGUUUCAAGCUUAGCAGGACAAAGACGAAAUACUUGGAGUGUAAGUUCAACGCUGAGCAGAGGGAAGUGGGCGUGAAUGUGAGGCUUGAAUCACAGGUCAUUCCGAGUAGAAACAGCUUCAAGUACCUUUGCCACGAUAAAAGUGAAUCUUUAAAAAAGAAGGCCUUUUUUCUAGGGCUUUUGGAAUGGCUUGAAAAUAGGCUUCCAUCUUUAGAUAGAGUUAUAUUAAAACAUGCUCUAAAAAAUGAUAUGAUGGCUUCGCCAGAAAUUCAAAAGAAUAUUGUGAGUGCUUGUGCACAAGAGACCAUGAAAGCUAUAAUUGAUGACAUGGAUGGAGAUUAUUUUAAGAUAUUAGUUGAUGAGUCCAAGAAUAUUUCACACCAUGAACAAAUGGUCCUUGCUUUGCGGUAUGUUGAAAAAAAAUGCCAAGUGAACGAGCCAUUUAUUGGUCUUGUUCGUGUUAGUGAUACAUCUGCAAAGUCGUUGAAAGAAGCAAUACUUUCUUUGCUAUUGACGCGUGUAGCUGUUACUAAAAAACACAGGGAGGUGGAGACUUGCUUUGCUAUUGUUACUAAAUGUGAUUGGAGUUUCUUUUAG